CGAAAAAAAAAAAAAGUCGAAAAAAAAAAAAGAAUCUUAUGCAUUUGUAGUUUCUUUAUGCUAUAAAAUGGUUUGCUCACAUAUUGAAAACGCUUCGUUAACACCUCCUUCUGCUUACACACAAGUACAUAAAGAAGAAUGUACUCAAUGUUUUGACAAUCAAGAUGGACCUGAAGGUAUUGAUGUCUGUCUAUCUUGUUUUAACGGUGGAUGUUUAGACACACAUAGACAUCACGCGUUAACUCAUUACCAAUUGACGCAGCACCCUUUGACUGUCAAUAUUCGUCGCCUCGUAGUCAGCCAACCCAAAAGAGUCAACGACGAUGGAACUCCACCACCCCAAAAAAUUAGCAAGAUUGCUAUUGUUAUGGAAAAUGAAGAGCCUCAAUACGAGUAUGUCACUAAAGUCCGUUGUUAUGCUUGUAACGGUUCUGAAGAAUCGAAAGAAAGCACACCCAAGUUGAACGCUAUUGUGGAUGCUGUUUUGUCCUCACUUUCAUCUGCUAAACAAUCUGAGGUAAAAGCAUGGGAAGAGGUGAUUACACCCUGCGAGCACACACUUUGUCUCGUCCAAGAUGCGCCCAAAAAAUUACAGCAACAGGAUUUGGCACAUUGUGCAGACUGUGAAUUGAAUGAAAAUUUAUGGUUAUGUUUAGCCUGUGGUAAUUUGGGUUGUGGACGUAAACAAUAUGAUGGUUCAGGAGGAAAUAAUCAUGCAAUUGAUCAUUUCGAAAAAACCGGUCAUGGUGUCAAUGUUAAAUUAGGCACAAUCACUGCGGAAGGAACUGCCGAUAUCUAUUGUUACAGUUGUGAUGAAGCCAGAUUGGAUAAUGACUUGGCUACUCACCUUGCUAAUUGGGGUAUCAAUGUUGCUCAUCAAACAAAAACCGAAAAGAGCAUGACCGAAUUACAAUUAGAACAGAACAUGAAGUUUGAUUUCAGCAUGACUACGGAGGAUGGUAAGCAAUUAGAGCCAAAGUUUGGUCCUGGAUACACAGGGCUUAAGAACUUGGGUAAUAGUUGUUACAUGGCUUCUGUGCUUCAAUCCGUCUUCAACAUUGAAUCAUUCCAAGAAAGAUACUUUAAGCAACUAAACGAUCAUGCCAUGACAUGUACGACAGAUCCUGCAACAUGCUGGUACUGCCAACUUCAUAAAUUAGCCGACGGUCUUUUAUCAGGUAGAUAUUCACAACCGCUUAUCAACGACGAAGGUGUAAAGUACCAAGAGGGGAUUGCACCUGGUAUGUUUAAAGCGCUAGUAGGAAAAGGUCACGAGGAGUUUUCCACGAUGCGUCAGCAAGAUGCCUUUGAAUUUUUCCAGUACCUGUGUAAAACGAUCCAACAAAAGGAGCACGUUUCUAACAAUGAUCCUACCAAGGCUUUUGAUUUUGUCACAGAGCAAAGACUUCAGUGUACGAAAUGUAAAAAAGUAAGAUAUCAAAAGGACAAGACAAGCAGUAUUUCUGUCAGCGUACCUGCCCACAAGAUCCAAUCCAAUGGAGAAGGAGAAGCCGCUGAUGCUUAUGAGCCCGUUGAAUUUUUAGAGUGUCUCGACAUCUUUGUUAAGGACGAAAAUUUCGAUGGGUAUAACUGCUCAAAUUGUAAGGAAAAAACCACGGCUACUAGAUCCGUCAGAUUCAGCACUUUCCCUGAAAUUUUAGUGGUCAAUCCUCGUCGUUUCGCUUUCAUCGAUUGGGUACCUCAAAAAUUAAAUAUUGCUAUCAAAUUUCCUGAUGGAUUGAUUCAACUCGAUAAGUAUAUCAGUCAAGGACAGCAACCUGGAGAGGAAACAUUACCUGAGGAUGAAGAUACUUCUAGUAAUUCUUCCGAACUUACAUUUAACCAAAAUGAUAUCGAUCAACUCAAAUCCAUGGGAUUUUCCGAGAAUCGUUGUAAGAGAGCUUUGUUAAAUACAGGUCACAAUGGCGCUGAUAUUGCCAUGAGUUGGAUGUUCGAACAUAUGGAAGAUCCUGACAUUGAUGAUCCUUUGCCUGCUACUACUGCAUCUCAUGCUGCUUUAAGCAGUGGACCUUCUGAGGGUCAAAUUUCUACUUUGCAAGAUAUGGGAUUCUCUGCCGCCCAAGCAAAGAAAGCAUUACGUGAGACUAAUAACGAUACGGAAAGAGCUUUGGACUGGUUAUUUAGCCAUCCUGAUGACAGUGGAGAGGAGUCCACACCAAUGAACACGACAGGGGAAGCGGUUGUAGUUGGAAGUGCUACAGCACCAUUUAACUAUAAAUUGGAUUCGUUUGUAUCUCACAAGGGAACGUCUGUCCAUUGUGGUCAUUAUGUUUCGCACGUGCAUAAAAAUGGAGAAUGGGUUUUAUUCAAUGAUAAUAAGGUUGCGGUAACACCAAACCCACCCAUUGGGGAAGCUUAUUUAUAUUUUUUGCAAAGACAGUAAACGCUUUCAGCUUGAUUAAAGAUUUUAUUGGCGGAAAAUAAAUAAAUUGUUAUAUAUAUAAAAAAAAGA